AUGCUCUUGCUGCUUCCGUUGAUCUUGCCCAUCACCGUCGCCAUCUCCCGCACGACCGACUACCGCCACAACUUUGACGACAUCCUCGCCGGCUCCAUCUGUGGCUCGGUGCUCGGCGUGUUGUCUGUGGUGAUCAGCUUCCGGCCAUCGAUGCACGGCGAUUGGACGCUUUACGAUCACCCGGACGACAACGUGGAGACUCAGGAUCUGCUGAUGUUCCCGGUCACGGAAGGCGGCGAGGCGGUGAACGAGAGCGAAUCGAUGACGGCAGGCUACGACUCUCCCUCACCCCCUUUGUGUGCACACUCUUCUUUCUUUCGUGAUCGGCGCGAGCUGAAGGGCAUUGCAGCUCCAUCGCCGCGAAACAAGCAAGCCUCCGGCGCUAGUGCUUCAUCGGACGACAAGUCGCAUUCUUGCCGUAGCUGCGUAUCUGGCGCUCAGCCGUCGGUGGUGAAGGUGCCACCGCUGACGAGCGCGCACAGUUUGUUCGGCGAACAGGAUUUCGGGGUCAGCCGCGAGAGGCUCUCCACCGCUGCCGCCAACGAGUUGUCUCCGCUGGACAAUCGCCACAGUCCCUCGCGGCGCCGCAAAUCGGCGGGAGAAAACCCCGUCGUGGUGCCCGUGUCGCCCAACGGCACGGACUAUGGCGAAAGGAUCGAGAGGAAGCAGUAG